UCUUGUCUUCCCGCUGCACCCGAAAGAAAAAAGAAAGGGAACCCAGCCAUGCCUUGGAAAACCGGUGAGAAAGCUUGAUUUUUCCCUUCUUUUCUUGUCCAAGAACCUGAUUUGGAACCCAGAAAUCUUCCCCCCCUUGCUGGAAAAUCCGGAUCUGCCUUGCUUUGCUCUGUCCUUCCGCCGGCUGCUCCUGCUUUGUGGGGGCGAAUUGCUUUGAUUUUCCGUCCGUGAGUUUCCCUGCAACUUGCCGCCGGCUUCUUCUUCCCCCUGCAGCUCCGGUUCCUUGCUUGCAAAUUCUGGUUCUUGAUCGUCCUGUCGGUUUAGUACGUGAAUUGAGUGCUCGGUUUUGCAGAGUGAGGAAAUGAAACUGAGGACGGGGAAACCACGGGAAGUGACGAGUUAGAAAGCUAGCCAUUUCGAGAUUGAUAUAGAUUUUUAGAUAUGAAUCAUGAUCUUGUAUUUGAAGAUUUUAUGUUAUCGGAGUAAAUUUUAAAGAUUUGAUCUUCAGAUUUUGAUGGUAUCAGAGUGUGAUAUGAUAAGUUCCGAGCCUUGUGCAUUUGUGGGACCCGUCUCACGAGUGCACGGCGUCUGUCGCGUCUCGAAAUUGGGUUUUGGGGCGUGACAACCGUUGUACCAAACAGGCCCUUAAUUAUGGGUUCAAUAAUAAAUAUCAUAUUCAAUCGAGAUAAAGGCGAAGUGGACGGAAUACAAGAGAUAUGCUAUAGCCAAUGAAAAUUGACAAACAAAAAAGGAAAGGAAGAAAACUCACCUACUUAUCGAAAUGUAGGUAGAUAGGUAAGUCCUCUCUUAUUGUAAGCCCUAGGUCGUUUGGGAGAUGAGGAGCACUCAACACUAUUGUUUGACUGGAAAGGAAAACAUCCAGCCUUUUCGUCGCUGAUGAGAUCUAGUGCGAUGAGUUUCGAAAGAGGGAAAGGAGAAGCGAAUUGGCGAACCCAAGAGCUAGGGUUCGCGAGGAACCCAGCUCGCGGGGUUCCCGAGGAACCGAGCUCGCCGGGUUCGCGAGGAACCCAACUCGCUAGGUUUGCUCCAUCUGUGAAAUCUCCAGGGCUUUCUUAGCCAGGUUUGCUUCUUUCCAUGAAUAGCCGAUUGCAUUCUUUCUUAUAUUUCACAUAUAAUGCAUUCAUUCAGAAUCAGUAACACAGUGCUCAAGAAACUUGUAGAUGCAAGAGUUCUGGCAGGAUAGAUUUUUCUUGAAUUCUAUUUGAAGCCUCAAAGCCUUAAUGUAUCUCAUAUAUGCAUGUGCAGAGAAAAACUAGCAUUGACUAUUCCAGGAUAUUCAAGUGAAGAGCGCAACCAAACAAAAUUUGUAAGAAUUUCAAUUUUCCCUUUCAAUAAUUUAGUGCAAGGUAUGCUUUUUAUCUCUAGUUCUAUAUAUUAGGAUUUGAACUAUAGAGGAAAUAUGGGCGCAAUAGUAUGAAUUAGCUAAUGCUAAUUUAAAUUUUAAAUUUCUUCUUGAUAUUGAUGGAUACUUAUGUGAUGUGUAUAAUAUAUAGAUUAAAUCUUAAGUAACAAUAUGAUAAAAUGAUUUUUGAUAUUCUGAGUUUAAAUUUUACAGUUAUCAAGUGAUCUCCACAAGAAGCGUCUUGACAUGGUGAGUUUAAAUUUUGCAGUUAUCCAGGCUCUUGGGUUCGCCUGGAGGUAAAAGAAAAAAAAGGCUGGAGGAAGGAGAAGCUGGGGAAGAAGAUGAGGGUAUAUCAGUAAUUAAAAGUAAAAAAUUUAACAUGUCAUCAAUUUUUGCCACGUGGAUUUUCCAUGUAAUUUAGUUAAAAAAAGGAAUGAGUGUUUCCGUUAAUUAACCUACCACAUCAGC